CAUGGCAGCAUCUGGCUGGAGUGGAUUUUCUGACGCUGAGUUACAACGAUUAAAACACAGUUCUGAUCAAAACGAAAGAGCUGUGUCAGGCAAUAAAAUGGCAAAAAAGUUCCAAUACAAUCCACCAAAGAAUCCAUCCAGGCAGUCCAGGCCACCACCCCAAGGAAGCACAAGCAAGUCUCUGGAUCCAGCAGCACAGUUGUCGUCAUCUCAGAUGUUGUCAAAGCAACCCAUGAAGAAUACAGCUGAGAAACCAAGGAAUGAGGCAUCUUGUGGGAGACUGAGAGAACAGAAUGGCACAGUUGCUCCAAGGAUUCCAGAUUCACCAGUUGAUGCAGUGAACUCUAAAGCACCAGAGAUAGAGCCAGAGACUAAAGCUGAGCAGAAGUCCAUGUCCAAGAAAGAUUCUACAGAAGAUGUCGUAGUACUGGGCGAGAAAGAAAUUUUGAGUAUGGAGCUUGCCAACAUUGCCAACUUCCAAAAACAGCAGAAGGCUAUGGAGGAGUUAAAUAAACAGAAGAAGAUACAGCUGAUGAAAGCACUAGAACAAAGGCGCAAGAAGGCCAAGGCAGAAGCAGUGAAGCUGACAGACAUCCAGAAAGAACUCGGCCACUUAGAUGCCCUGCUGAGCACCGAAGUCUGUAUCCUGAGGGACAAGAUUGAAGAUGCCAGUAUUCACUUCACAGAAGCACAAAAAAGAUACCAGAAAGCUGAAAAAGAAUUUGUGGAAGCAAAGCUUGACCUGCACAGCAAAUCUGACACAAAGGAACAACUUACAGAACAUCUCUAUACAAUCAUUUACCAAAAUGAAGUCCGAAAAGCAAAAAAGUUAGCAGAAUUGAUGGAGAAACUAGAAAUGGAGUGCUCAGCGGAAGAUCUGACAGUUGAUUUACCUCCACUUCCACAGAUGGGCAUGAUGAAUUCCUGUCAGACACUUGGGCCGCAUGGUCCUGUGAGUCCUUCUCAUUCUAGGCAUUCUCCAUUGAAUCAGGGGGAGGGUGGUGCAGCAGUUGGACAGUCUCCUAUUUCUAGUCCAGUCGUGGCACAGCCAACUAGUCCAGUCACAGCUCAACCAGUGAGUCCAGAUAAGGAGAAACUUACAACUGAUCUCAAAGAGAAUUCUAGUCCACAGCUAGCUGAAACAUCAUUGGUCGAUAAGCCUGUUGAUAAAACAACGGAUUCAAAUUCUAAUAGUGAUAAAGAAAUUGGUGAUGGUGACAACGUAAGUGGACAAUCAGUGGCAAAGGAGGAGUCUGGAUCUGAUAAGACUUGUACAGAUGUUCGUGAAACUGCUGCAGACAAGUCUCAAGAAGUUAAAGAUCUUGCUCAAAAUAAUAACUCCAGUUCAAGAAAUACUGAAGCAAACCCUGUGUGUUGAGUCUCAAAUGUGAUUUAUGUAGGGACUAACUUGCAUGGUGAAUUUGCCAUCUAAGUAAAUGUUGCCCUCCUAGGUACUGGUAUUUUCAAGUGUCUUCUGAGAAUAGUGGUUAUUCAUCAUGCAAGAAUUCGACAAAUAACCAUACUACAUGAUUGUACUGUCAUGAAGGAGGCUGUUCAGCUGAUUUUUCCUCAAACAUAAUAGAAGUAGCUAAUGGUUCCAAAUUUACUUUGCCACAUACAAGCGCAUGCUCUUGUACACAACUUUUGCUUGUUUUGGUGCCUCUAGUUACCUCUAGUUUUCCUGCUUUUUUUUACAUGAAGGUGCCACUUUUCUCUGGUUUUGGGAACAGAAAUAUAGCCUCGUCUUUCAUUAGUACUGCUGUUAGGUAGUUACAGAUUACUUGUAGUAUCUGGGUUUGCAUUAGGCUGCAAAAUCAGUAAAAAAAAUGUUUACAUGAAAAUGAGAUUCCUGUCCGAUUUCGCAUUGUCCCGAUUGUGCAUGAACAUACUAGACUCCUGGCUGUUACUACUUAUACAAUGUUAGUGUCACCUGAUUCUUUGUUUUGUUUUCGUUUAGUUGAUAUUCUGUUGUUUACCAACGGCAACUUUGGUACAAAUGUCUCAGAAUUUUUCUCUUGACAAAUAUCUUGCAAUAUUUUCUAAAUAAUGUAAACUUUCCAUAUCACACUGCUGAAAAAAAUAUUUUUUUUCCUUAAUUCUGGCACAUUAUCAGCAUUCUGUCUAAUGUUUCUCAUGUAAUCAACUAUGCAUGCAACAUACAAGAUGCAAUAUUGUUGAAAAUAUUAUCUGUUACUAUUGAAAUGUGUCUUCAUUACAUAAUGAUCUGAACUAUGCAUAUCUGUAUACAUGUAUUUUGAAAACUGUUGGCAAUACUUCUAUGACCCAGUCCAUUAUUGAGGGCCACCAUUUACACGAUGAUAAACUCCCGAGAUGUAGGUUUUUACUUCCUUGAGCACCAUCAUCUGCAAUGUUGUCGGUAUUCUGAAAUGUUUAAAACCUUGUGGUAUCGAAAUCAAAAAAACUAUGUUACACCAGUGCAAUUGCACAGAAAUAAAUCUACAAAGAUUUGGUUGCUGAUGGGCUGGGUCAUUGGAGCAUUAUUUAGAGAUUAUACAA